CGGAACCCAUCUGCUCUACCUCCAGGUCGGGUCCUCUGGGUCCGCCGGUCCGGGCGGACGGCGCAGGCGCAGAAGUUCGGAACCUGGUGGCCAGGUUUGCGCGUGCUGCGGGCCGAGUCCGCGGUGUUCCGGGUACCCUGGGUCGGCCGCUCCGGGCGUGGGGGCCAGUGGGCGCGCCAUGUACGCCGUGUACAAGCAGGCGCACCCGCCCACCGGGCUGGAGUUCGCCAUGUACUGCAACUUCUUCAACAACACUGAGCGCAACCUCGUGGUGGCCGGCACCUCGCAGCUCUACGUGUACCGCCUGAACCGAGACGCCGAGGCCCUGACCAAGAAUGAUGGGAGCACAGAGGGGAAGGCCCAUCGAGAGAAACUAGAGCUGGUCGCCUCCUUCUCCUUCUUUGGCAACGUCAUGUCCAUGGCCAGCGUGCAGCUUGCAGGUGCUAAACGUGAUGCCUUGCUCCUCAGUUUCAAGGAUGCUAAGCUGUCAGUGGUGGAGUAUGACCCAGGCACUCAUGAUCUGAAGACCCUGUCUCUACACUACUUUGAGGAGCCUGAGCUUCGGGAUGGGUUUGUGCAGAACGUGCACACACCUCGUGUGCGAGUGGACCCUGAUGGGCGCUGUGCAGCCAUGCUCAUCUAUGGCACACGACUAGUGGUACUGCCCUUCCGCAGAGAGAGCCUGGCUGAGGAGCAUGAGGGACUCAUGAGUGAGGGGCAGAGGUCCAGCUUCCUGCCUAGCUACAUCAUCGAUGUGAGGGCUCUGGAUGAGAAGCUGCUCAACAUUAUUGACUUGCAGUUCCUACACGGCUACUAUGAGCCCACCCUGCUCAUCCUGUUUGAGCCCAACCAGACCUGGCCAGGGCGGGUGGCUGUGAGGCAGGAUACAUGCUCCAUCGUGGCCAUCUCACUGAACAUCACACAGAAAGUCCACCCCGUCAUCUGGUCCCUCACCAGCCUGCCUUUUGACUGUACCCAGGCCCUGGCUGUGCCCAAGCCCAUAGGUGGUGUAGUGAUCUUCGCUGUCAACUCACUGUUGUACCUGAACCAGAGUGUCCCCCCAUAUGGUGUGGCUCUCAAUAGCCUCACUACAGGCACCACUGCCUUCCCAUUGCGUACCCAGGAGGGUGUACGGAUCACCCUGGACUGUGCACAGGCAGCCUUCAUCUCCUACGACAAGAUGGUCAUCUCCCUCAAGGGUGGCGAGAUCUACGUGCUGACCCUCAUCACUGACGGCAUGCGUAGUGUCCGAGCGUUUCACUUUGACAAGGCAGCUGCCAGUGUCCUUACCACCAGUAUGGUCACCAUGGAGCCGGGUUACCUGUUCCUGGGCUCUCGUCUGGGCAAUUCCCUCCUCCUCAAGUACACAGAAAAGCUGCAGGAGCCCCUGACCAGCUCUGUCCGUGAGGCUGCCGACAAGGAAGAGCCUCCCUCCAAGAAGAAGCGAGUAGACUCCACAGUGGGCUGGACAGGGAGCAAGUCAGCACCACAAGAUGAGGUGGAUGAGAUUGAAGUAUAUGGCAGUGAGGCCCAGUCAGGCACACAGCUGGCCACCUACUCCUUUGAGGUAUGUGACAGUAUGCUCAACAUUGGACCGUGUGCCAACGCUGCUGUUGGCGAGCCUGCCUUCCUCUCAGAAGAGUUUCAGAACAGCCCUGAGCCAGACCUGGAGAUUGUGGUUUGUUCCGGCUAUGGGAAGAAUGGGGCCCUGUCGGUGCUGCAGAAGAGUAUCCGGCCCCAGGUGGUGACAACCUUUGAACUUCCUGGCUGCUAUGACAUGUGGACAGUCAUUGCCCCUGUGCGGAAGGAGGAGGAGGAAACACCCAAGGUCGAGAGCACAGAGCAGGAGCCUAGUGCCCCCAAAGCAGACGAUGAUGGGAGAAGGCACGGUUUCCUCAUUCUGAGCCGGGAAGACUCGACCAUGAUCCUGCAGACAGGCCAGGAGAUCAUGGAGCUGGACACCAGUGGCUUUGCCACACAGGGCCCCACUGUCUUUGCUGGAAACAUUGGGGACAAUCGCUAUAUUGUCCAAGUGUCACCACUGGGUAUCCGCCUGCUGGAAGGCGUGAAUCAACUGCACUUCAUCCCUGUGGACUUGGGUGCCCCCAUUGUGCAGUGUGCUGUGGCUGAUCCUUACGUGGUCAUCAUGAGUGCUGAGGGCCACGUUACCAUGUUUCUACUCAAGAGUGAUUCAUACAGUGGCCGCCACCACCGCCUGGCACUACACAAGCCUCCACUGCAUCAUCAGUCCAAAGUGAUCGCACUCUGCCUGUACCGUGAUGUCAGUGGCAUGUUCACCACUGAGAGCCGCCUUGGUGGGUCUCGUGAUGAACUGGGAGGCCGCAGUGGCUCAGAGGCUGAGGGCCUGGGCAUGGAGACUAGCCCCACAGUAGAUGAUGAGGAAGAGAUGCUUUAUGGGGACUCAGGAUCCCUCUUCAGCCCCAGCAAAGAGGAAGCCCGUAGAAGCAGCCUGCCCCCGACUGACCGUGACCCUGCACAGUUCAGGGUAGAGCCCACCCACUGGUGCCUACUGGUUCGGGAGAAUGGCACCAUGGAGAUCUACCAACUCCCAGACUGGCGGCUGGUGUUCCUGGUGAAGAACUUCCCUGUGGGACAGCGGGUCCUGGUAGACAGCUCCUUUGGACAGCCUACAACACAGGGCGAAGCCCGUAAGGAAGAGACCACACGCCAGGGAGAGCUGCCUUUGGUCAAGGAGGUGUUGCUGGUCGCUUUGGGGAGCCGGCAGAGCAGGCCCUACCUACUGGUGCAUGUGGACCAGGAGCUGCUCAUCUAUGAAGCCUUCCCCCAUGACUCUCAGCUUGGCCAGGGCAAUCUCAAAGUCCGCUUCAAGAAGGUCCCCCACAAUAUCAACUUCCGUGAAAAGAAGCCAAAACCAUCUAAGAAGAAGGCAGAAGGUUGCAGCACAGAGGAGGGGGCUGGAGUCCGAGGCCGUGUGGCACGUUUCCGCUACUUUGAGGACAUUUAUGGCUAUUCCGGGGUUUUCAUCUGUGGACCCUCACCACACUGGCUCUUGGUGACUGGCCGAGGGGCUCUGCGGCUGCACCCCAUGGGCAUCGACGGCCCCAUUGAUUCCUUCGCCCCGUUUCACAAUGUGAACUGCCCUCGUGGAUUCCUGUACUUCAACAGACAGGGUGAGCUGAGGAUCAGUGUCCUGCCUGCCUACUUGUCCUAUGAUGCCCCAUGGCCUGUCAGAAAGAUCCCACUACGCUGCACAGCCCACUAUGUGGCUUACCACGUGGAGUCCAAGGUGUAUGCGGUGGCCACCAGUACCAAUACACCUUGCACUCGAAUCCCACGCAUGACUGGUGAGGAAAAGGAGUUUGAGGCUAUCGAGAGAGAUGACAGAUACAUCCACCCCCAACAAGAGGCAUUCUCCAUCCAGCUCAUCUCCCCAGUCAGUUGGGAGGCCAUUCCCAAUGCCAGGAUCGAGCUAGAGGAGUGGGAACAUGUCACGUGCAUGAAAACAGUGUCACUACGCAGUGAGGAGACUGUAUCAGGACUCAAGGGCUAUGUGGCUGCUGGGACCUGCCUCAUGCAAGGGGAGGAGGUCACGUGCCGUGGGCGGAUCCUGAUCAUGGAUGUGAUUGAGGUGGUGCCUGAGCCUGGGCAGCCCCUGACCAAGAACAAGUUCAAGGUCCUGUAUGAGAAGGAGCAGAAGGGGCCCGUGACUGCACUAUGCCACUGCAAUGGCCACCUAGUGUCAGCCAUUGGCCAAAAAAUCUUCCUGUGGAGCCUUCGGGCCAGUGAACUGACGGGCAUGGCCUUUAUCGACACCCAGCUAUAUAUCCACCAGAUGAUCAGUGUCAAGAACUUCAUCCUGGCCGCAGAUGUCAUGAAGAGCAUCUCACUGCUGCGUUACCAGGAAGAGAGCAAAACACUGAGCCUAGUGUCCCGGGACGCCAAGCCCUUGGAGGUGUAUAGUGUGGACUUCAUGGUGGACAAUGCCCAGCUAGGCUUCCUGGUGUCUGACCGAGACCGUAACCUCAUGGUGUAUAUGUACCUGCCGGAAGCCAAAGAGAGUUUUGGAGGCAUGCGCCUGCUACGCCGAGCAGACUUCCAUGUGGGUGCCCAUGUGAACACAUUCUGGAGGACUCCAUGCCGGGGGGCUGCUGAAGGACCCAGCAAGAAGUCAGUCAUGUGGGAGAACAAGCAUAUCACAUGGUUUGGUGAGUACGAAGACAGGGUUGUCUGGGGAUGGAAGGGUCAGUCUGGCUUACACAGCAUCUCCUCAGCCACCCUGGAUGGCGGCAUCGGGCUUUUGUUGCCCAUGCAAGAGAAGACAUACCGACGGCUGCUGAUGCUACAGAAUGCAUUGACAACCAUGCUACCCCACCACGCUGGCCUCAACCCCCGUGCCUUCCGGAUGCUACACGUAGACCGGCGCAUCUUGCAGAAUGCUGUGCGUAAUGUCCUUGAUGGAGAGCUACUAAACCGCUACCUGUACCUCAGCACCAUGGAGCGCAGUGAGCUGGCCAAGAAGAUAGGCACCACACCCGACAUUAGACAGACCGUGUCACUGCCCACUUCUAGCCCCCUGAGUACCACCUUGCCCCUGUGUACUGUCCCCUACCCCCCAUUUUGUACAAAACACAAAGAGAACGAUUUGUUUGAGAGGAGUUAUGUGCUCAUUGUGUUGUCAGAGCCCCCACAGUGCAUCCCCAUUCCAGGCCUCAGGGUGUAAGACAACUG